AAUAUGAAAGGGUAUUUUUGUCAAAAUGCUAAAAUAUCUGGUAUUUCUUUUAUUAUCUCCCUCUUUGACGACCCUUAGCUUCCACUUCCGCCGCCCGUCGAUCCCUGCAUCAAGUUCCCGGCGACUUCUCUCUUCCCCUCUCACGUGAUAAAGUUCAGAAGGUAUGGUUGAUUUAGAUGACUUGCUUUUGGAAGCUGCUGGGAGAACAAACGCACCUGCUUCUUCUAGGUCCCGUCAUUCUCAUUCUUCAUCAUCUAGGAGACGUGAAGGUUCCUACUCUGAUGGUGGCAGCGAGGAAUCUGAUGAAGAAGAUCGUGGCUAUCCUGCUACUAGGAAACCCUCUGCUUCUCAAGUUCCUUUAAAGAAGAGACUCGAAGCAGAGAGAGAAGCAGGUUCUGAUCGUGAAGGUGACAGCAGCAGCAGCAGCAGCAGCGAGGAGUCUGAUUUUGGCGAUGACCUUUACAAGAACGAGGAAGACAGGCAGAAGCUUGCUGGGAUGACUGAGUUCCAGAGAGAGAUGAUUCUCGCCGAGCGUGCUGACAAGAAAGGUGACAAGAGCUUCACUGAGAAGCUUAGGUCCAAGAGGGAGAACGAGAUGAUGACCACCACCACCACCACCCCUGUUUCCAAGAAGGACACUCAUCAGACACCUCCGGCUGCUUCGGCCUCUCGUGGUGUCAGGUCUUCUGCUAGAUCUGCUGACAGAGCCGCUGCAAAGGAUGAUGCUUUGAACGAGUUGAGGGCUAAGCGUAUGAAGCAGCAGGACCCUUCUGCUCUUAGGAAGCUCAGAGAUGCGUCGUCCAAAGGUGGCAGAGAUUUCUCAUCUAUGAAGAGGAAGCCUUCUUUAGCUUCCUUAAGUGAUAGUGAUAGGUCUCAGAGUGACGAUGAAGGGUCCAACGGAGGAAUGGGUGACAGUGAUGACGACAGGUCAGAUGUGCCUACUUAUGAGGAUAUUAAGGAGAUUACUAUUAGGAGAUCUAAGCUUGCUAAAUGGUUUAUGGAGCCUUUCUUUGAGGAGCUUAUCGUUGGUUGCUUUGUGAGGGUUGGGAUUGGGAGGUCGAAGAGUGGUCCGAUUUACAGACUCUGCAUGGUGAAGAAUGUUGAUGCAGCUGAUCCAGACAAGGCGUACAAGCUAGAGAACAAGACUACACACAAGUACCUUAACGUGUUCUGGGGUAACGAAACCUCUGCUGCUCGUUGGCAAAUGGCGAUGAUUUCAGAUGGGCAUCCUGUGGAGGAAGAGUACAGGCAAUGGAUCAGAGAGGUUGAGAGAACAAAUGGUCGCCUGCCUUCAAAGGAAGAUGUAUCAGACAAGAAAGAAGCGAUCAAAAGAAUCAACAGCUUUGUCUACUCGGCGGAGACUGUUAAGCAGAUGUUGCAGGAAAAAUCAGCCUCGGCGAGGCCAAUGAAUAUUGCGGCCGAGAAAGAUCGGCUCAGAAAAGAGUUGGAGAUUGCAGAGAGCAAAAACGAUGGAGCAGGUGUAGAGAGGAUCAAGGCUAAGAUCAAGCAGCUCGAUGCGUCACGGAACAAGAAAGGUGUUGAUAAAAAAGCACUCAAACUCUUCGAGAUGAACAAGAAGAACAGAGCCGAGAAUUUCAAGAACGCAUCAGAGGUGAAAUCAAUCACUGCUAGUCUCAAGGCUGGUGAAGCUGGGUAUGAUCCGUUUUCAAGGAGGUGGACGCGAUCAUCCAACUACUACAAUGGUAAAAACAGUGGGAAAGAUGGAGGAGAGAACGAGGCAGCAGCUGCAGCAGCGGUUGAGACCAAUGGAGCAGAUGCAGGAGGAGAGAACGGUGUUGAAGCGACAGAAGCGGCUUUGGAAGCGGCUGCAGAGGCAGGGAAGCUGAUAGACACAAGAGCUCCAAUAGGUCAAGGAGCGGAACACAAUCUUAUGCAUAACUUUGAGUUGCCGUUAUCUCUAGCGGCAUUGCAGAAGUAUGGAGGACCCCAAGGAGUACAGAAAGCAUUCAUGGCGAGGAAACAGGUGACAGAAGCAACAGUGGGAUGCAGAGUUGUUGAGAAUGAUGGUAAGAGACAUGGACUUACGUUAACUGUUAGUGAUUACAAGAGAAGGAGAGGUCUUCUCUGAUUAUUUAAAUUAUGUAUGUCGAAGUAUUUUCAGUGUUUCAUCAUCAUCUUUUUAUUUAAAACUGCUGCUUGGUCUUCUUUCUUUUUUGUUUGUACUCAAAAAUGUUCAGAGAAAUUUGUUUUUUUUUUUCCCUAAAAUAUUUUUGUAUUUGCUUGUUAUGUGAACUCUCCUGAUUA